GCGUCGAGCUUUGCUGCGACGGAGAACCGAACGAGAGAAGAGGCUGGUAGCGGGGGUUGCCAUAAAUGUCUCGGGUAGCGUUGGUCGCUUAGGUUAGGUCCACCGCAAGAGGGCGCAGGCGUCGUAGUGCUCCCGGCCCCCGGACUCCUAUACUAAUUCGCAUUUUUGGCGCCCGAAGCUCAGUCUAAGCUCCAAUCCUCGAACCGAACGGUCAGCCGAACGGUCAACCGAACACUUAGGUAAAAAUCUCAAAGAGGCUUUCCGGACAUAUUCUGCAGUAUUAUUACAUACAUCGACAUUUAUUUAUCAUUGGAACGUAAGAUUCGAGGAACAGGGGAAAAGGACUUUUUUGGGAAAGAAAAGUGACUUGUUUGAGUAUAGAUCAGAAGCUACGGAGGAAGAUCGUACAGACGCAGGUGUGCGAUCGGUAAAUUGAGCAAGCCACGUGUGCGCGAAUUUGCGGUACUAAGUACAGAAAGGAUAAAGAAAGAAAAACAGUGUGUGAUAUCGACUGAAGUGCGGCAGCUAAACGGCAACGAGUAGAAAGUACCGGGGAGUGGUCAGACCGUGGAGACAGGCGACCACAGGCAGCUGCAAGCUAAGAGAACGAUAGACAGGAGCUUUUGUUGACGAGAAAGAAACGUAUUAGACUUUUGGUCUCAAGACAAGCUCUACUUUUCGCAUUCUCCUUUACUCCUCUUUGUCACUUCUUAAACGCCUGCAGCACGAUACGAACGAACAGUAGCAGUUUCGUAGAGCGGCAAGAUGGACGCACGAUUCAGAAGCAAUCUCGAAAUGAUCGGGCGUAACGAACCGAUUACAAAAAAGGCAAAGUUCUGGCAGAGCUACGUACGUGCUCUAAAAGGCACUGACGACAUGAGAGCACCCGAGCACACUCACAGACCUCGCGGCAUUUUCCGCUCUGACUACCCAGAGCUACAUUCCUCGUGGAAUCCUUUUGGAAAGUCCAUCUACGAUGACCCAAUUCAUGCUGCUGACCGCAUCAACACACCCGGAUACAGGUACUUGCCAGUGCACCGCGAAAUCUACGGAUACUCGCCGAGGCAGCUGUACCCCCAUCAGUACAAACCCGUCGAGCGCUUCGUCCCCGCAAAGCCCUUCGACGCAGACAAGGCAUGGAACGACCAUCUCAACCGUCUGGCUGACAUCGACAAAAUGUAUCCAAGCAAGUCUCCGCUCCUGGCUCGCCAUACGAGCCCUCUCUCGACGAAGCCGCUCUUUGAUAUCCACGGCAACCUCUUGGACGACAUCCUGCCGCGAUUCCCGUCGUCUCUGCUGAGAAGCAAGGCCCGACCCCUUCUCGACAUGUUGGAGCCGUCGCCUUACGCGCCGAUCAGCGCUUUCUCAAGGGACCCCUGGUGGUACCCGAGCUACGCGCCCUACAUCCCGGCUUACGCCCAGCACAGCACACCCUUCUUCCUCCGGGACAGCUACCUCAGCCCCAUCAAGCGCAACUACCUCUGGAGCAGACACCCGCUCAGGCCGUUCGGGCAAGCUUAUUACUAUUAUUCGCAGCCCGUUCCAGUCUAUCACUUUAGCAAGCCAUGGUACAAUCAUCCAAAGGCGGCUCAUUGAAGACUAAACUCAUGUCUACUAGGGAUUCUGCGUCGCCCUGCAUUGGAAUCACGUGAAAACGAAUACACAAAAACACAUUAAAUAAUCAAUUGACAAGUUAUCAUCAUUUCAAAAAGGCAGGAAAACACGGAAGUACAGAAUUUGCCAAAAAACAAAAGAUGUAUUUACACAAAAAAAAAGGCAUCCUCUAAAACCCAUUAUUACGUAUGAAAAUGUCGACUACGCGCAUACUCUUUUCCUCACAGUACAGUUUCGCCCACGGAAUUUUAUUUAUUAACAUUAUAUCGUCAUGUAAAUACUGUGCGCACAUCAUUGCUAUUUGAAAAAAAAUAAUAAAACAAAAGAAAAAAAUUUUAAA